UAGAAGAAAAUUUAUCCAUGUAUAGCUUUUAUAGAGUUAUUUUCGUUGCCUAUUGCACAUUCUUCUGUAUGAAGUAUUUCUCAACGUAUUGUAUGAAAUAAUAGGACAUUGGCUCCGAAAAAUUUCAAUCAAUUGGAUUUAGAAUAAAAACAUGGGAAAGCGCAAGGUCGACGUCAACUCCGCUACAGUAAAGGAAAAAACACAAGGAAUCUCCCAAAAUAUGAAUAUUAUGGAAAGAAAAAAGAAUAGUUUUAGUGGAGAGGAAGACUCCAACAAAAAUUCUUGGAAGCGCAAGGUUGUCAUUCUUUCUACAAGGGGCAUAACAGCUCGCUAUCGUCACUUGAUGGAAGAUAUCUUGAAGUUAGUUCCUCACGGAAAGAAGGAACCCAAGUUGGAUACCAAAGAAAAGCUCAAUGUAGUGAAUGAAAUUUGUGAAUUGAGAAACUGUAACGCCGUUAUGUUAUUCGAGACCCGAAAGUCUCAGGAUUUGUACCUGUGGAUUGGUUGCUCCCCUGAGGGUCCUUGUGCAAAGUUUUACGUUAGUAAUAU